AUGACCAUGACCACCAUGCCAGAAAGUCUCAACAGCCCCGUGUCGGGCAAGGCGGUGUUUAUGGAGUUUGGGCCGCCCAACCAGCAAAUGUCUCCUUCUCCCAUGUCCCACGGGCACUACUCCAUGCACUGUUUACACUCGGCGGGCCAUUCGCAGCCCGACAGUGCCUACAGUUCGGCCUCGUCCUUCUCCCGACCGCUGGGCUACCCCUACGUCAACUCGGUCAGCAGCCACGCGUCCAGCCCCUACAUCAGUUCCGUGCAGUCCUACCCCGGCAGCGCCAGCCUCGCCCAGAGCCGCCUGGAGGACCCAGGGGCGGACUCCGAGAAGAGCACCGUGGUGGAAGGCGGUGAAGUGCGCUUUAAUGGCAAAGGGAAAAAGAUCCGUAAACCCAGGACAAUUUAUUCCAGUUUGCAGUUGCAGGCUUUGAACCGGAGGUUCCAACAAACUCAGUACCUAGCUCUCCCUGAGAGGGCGGAGCUCGCGGCCUCCUUGGGACUCACACAGACUCAGGUCAAGAUAUGGUUCCAGAACAAACGCUCCAAGUUCAAGAAGCUGAUGAAGCAAGGCGGGGCAGCUCUGGAGGGCAGCGCGCUGGCGAAUGGCAGGGCCUUGUCUGCCGGCUCCCCACCGGUGCCACCCGGCUGGAAUCCGAACUCCUCCUCUGGGAAGGGCUCCGGCAGCAGCGCCAGCUCCUAUGUCCCCAGCUACACGUCUUGGUAUCCUUCAGCGCACCAAGAAGCUAUGCAGCAGCCUCAACUCAUGUGAGAUUAUCAGUUCGCACUCACCCGCCUCCUUCCCGUCUCCCUUGGCCCGGCCCCUCCCGCCUCCAGGUCCAUCCACCCUUUUGCGUGCCCUGGGCCAGGAGGAGAAGGACCCCGAGGUGAGGAAGGGGAAAAAGGAAAGAAAAAGGAACUGUAAAGGCAGAGGGUUUGCCGCCUUCUCGGGGCCCCUAAAGGUCUGGCCCAGCGAGUUUCCAACUCUUGGCCCUAACCUGGUUUGGGCCACACGGUGACAGCGGAGUGGCCUCAAAGCAGGCAUGGCCACUAGAAAAGAAACAACAAGACAACACGCUGGACCCGACCAGACUCUCAGCUUUGUGAGACUAUCAGGAAAAAAAAAAAUAUGUAGGAGGGUGGAAAUGCUCUUUUUUCGGUUCUGUCUGUCUUUGUCUCCUUUUUGCACUGUCUGUGCGCUGAGUCAAGGUCCUCGUGUGUCUGCUGUCCUCAUUCUGCGGCCUCUCCAAAAAGUCACCAGGUCUGAGCCACACCGGUCUGCCGGCAGCCCAUCAUCGAAUCCUGGACCGCUUUUUCCUUUAAGGUCUUCUUCCGGGCCCUGCUUGAACACCUGUGUAGCUUGUUUGGGAAAUGGGGAAAAUCAGAGGGAGGGGGGUUAAUUUAUUGAAAAACAGACUUUAUCUGACACUGAGUGUUGGCCAAUUCCAGGUUCUCUGGGGCAUGGAGUGGGCACUGUCCAAACACUAUUUACCUUACACACACCGGAAAGGAGGGCGAGGAGGGGAUAGUGGUUUCUAGGGUGUGCAGUAACGUUUAUACUUUGCUGGAAUGGAGUUGUGGAAGCAGAAUGAUUUGCAUUUUACAUGCCCCAAAUUAUUAAAAUCAACAACAACAGAAAGAUAAGUGAAGCCAUCAGGAUUUGGUCAGGAUCGCUCGGACCAGAACACCCGGCCAAGAAGAAAACCAUACUCUGGGCAGCAAAAGAGAGGACCAAUGGUCCUUGGAGAGAAACCAGUCCUGCGAAAGCACCCCCAAUUCCUGGUCUCUUUGAAGUAAGACAGGAGCAGCUUUAACCAACCCCCAGUGGCUAGACCACAGAACCCAAGUCAUCACCCUGAAUGCACAGUCUCUGGUGCAGGAGCUAAUUGCUGUACAUAUUAUUGUUGUUAUUAUUAUUAAUUAUUAUUAUUGUUCUGUAAACAUGUUGCACAAGCUUAGCCUCUUUCCGUUCUGUUGUGUGUGGAUGUAAACCCGAUGCUUUGUGAAAUGAGAAUCUUGACAUUUUACUUGUGAAAUUUGGAAAAUGUGACCAAUUGAACCCAACCGUGUUUUGUGUUCUCUAUGUCAAAGUUUAGUUUUAUAUUGAGAAUGUUAACUUAUUGCUUUGUAUCUUGGGGGGAGGGAAACUUUGUAAAUAAGUUAUAAAGUUUCUUUGAGACAGUAAAAUUAUG